AGAUAUUCAGAAAUUCUCGGACACGCAGCACACAAAUCGCUCCGCAUUUUCAUAGCGAGCGGCAAAAAAACGACUGCGCCCCAAAACAUUGCGCAUACGACGUGUGGGCCGUUGCGAGUGGCACAAAUAAAUAGUUCACAUUUGCUUUUUUUUUGCUGCCGUUUUGUUUGUUUGGCCCUGUUGGCUGGCCAUUGUUGUUGCUGCCGGAUUUUGUUUGUUUUUUAUUCUGUGAUUUUUUCACGUUGCCAGUGCCAGUGGCAGAGUGUGUGUGUGUUUUUGGUUCUGGUGGCUUCAAAAGCGAAUCGCCGCGAAUGGGAGUCCUGCGAGUCGUGUGAGUCCUGCGACUCCCCUCCAUUCAUCAGCAGCUCCGAGGAUUGCGUACUUUUCGGUUGACAUGUAGCUGGGAUUCUGGGCGUGUGUCGGUGGUUGUGUAGGGCGGGAAUCGGAGGCCAGGAUCCGGAAUCGGUAUCGUAAUGCAAAGACGGCGAUAUGGCACUACAAGGCUGGCGCUUUUUCGGUGUCUCGGCAACCAUCAUCAUCUACAUAGGCGGCGUCCUGUUCCUAUCCAUGAACAACAUACCAGGCUCGCAUCCCAAGAGACCGCGCAUCGAACGCUUCGCCGAGUUCACCAGCUUUCAUAGUCCUCGGUUUCCGAUGCCCAGCCGCAAGAUGACAAUACGCUGGUGUCGCGACCUAAAGUACAUAAAUCGCGAUCUUCCAAUCUCCGCGGACUACAAGGCUGACUUCUACACGGCCCUGCCCAGCGAUGUCAGCGCCGCCCUGCAAUCCUUGCCGGCUCUGACGGCCCUGGCGAGUUUUCCGGGCAGCGGAAACACCUGGCUGCGCUAUCUCCUCCAGCAGUCCACCGGCAUCCUUACGGGCAGCAUCUACAAGGACUACGGCCUGCUGAAGACCGGCUUUCCGGCGGAGAACGUCUGCAACAGCUCAGUAUUACUGGUGAAGACCCACGAGUGGGGCAGCAAGGCGUGGGCCCCCUUCUCGAAAGCAAUACUCCUCGUCCGCGAUCCGGAGAAGGCCAUCAUCGCCGAGUUCAAUCGCCAAAGUGGCGGUCACAUUGGGUUCGCCUCGCCGGAUCGCUACAAGCGCACCAAGGGAAAAUACUGGCAGCAGUUCGUGAGCAACAAGCUCAAGGGCUGGGAGGUGAUGAACCUCAGCUGGGCGCGCAACUUCACGGGCGACAUCAAGGUGGUCUUCUACGACGACCUGGUCCACCACACGGAGCGGGAGCUGCGCUCGAUCCUGGAGUUCCUGCAGUUUCCGGUCAACGAGCAGCUGAUGCGGUGCGCCAUCAUGCGGAAGGAGGGCAUCUUCCGGCGGAAGAAGCGGCAGCUGUCCUUCGAUCCGUACACGGAGUCCAUGAGGGCGGAGGUCCAGAACCGUCGGCGCAUCGUCUACGGAUUGCUGGGACGCCAGGAGCCGUAGGGUACACAUCCUAUGUAUAAGAAAACUGGGCAACGAGAAGGGAAAUCGAAUUCGUACCACCUAAAAUACAAAGAAACCGAACAGAGAUCACAAUUGCAACAACGAUGCACAAGGUAAACGGAAUUGCAAUCGAGAAAUACCCCAGCUCAUCACGAUUUGUAGGACCAUAGAUCUCACUGGGAGUCUGCAAUAGGUAGUAAUGCCCAAAUGAAUAGACCCGAUUUUCCCCCCCAGACCGGAUUCCCAAUCGUUUGCUGCUCGCUUUGGCGCAUUAGUUCAAAUUUUUUUUGUUUACACAUUUAUGAUAUAUUUAUUAUAUAUACGCAUACAAUUAGGUUGAUAUAUGUUUGUACGUAUUUGGUAUAGGCUGUACAACAAGGUAUUAUGAUUCCUGAACGAAUUUAUGAAAUUCAUUAUAGGCCAUGUUGUGCUUCAUCGCUCACCCAACUCAACUCAACUCAACUCAUCCGCAACUUAUCCUUUGGCCACGUUGAGCUACCAUAUUAGAUGAUCCUUGUAAAAAGUUUUAUACACGACUCUACAAUUACUUGUGAAAUAUUAACAAUGGAACGUAUUAGAUAAUUGUACAAAAACGAAAACCAAAAAUAAA